ACUUGCACAGCACAUGGUUGCCUCUCAUUUUCCACCUGCAGAAGCCCCGCCGAAAACUCAGAGGUCCUGUGCCUGUCUGAAGAGUGAAGAGUGAGAGUGUGGUCAUCCCCUCUACGUACAACUCUAGCCCGAUAGCUUCCUCCAAUCUCUCCCUCCCUGUGUCACAACUCACAAAUAUCACCCCACUGUGGAGUGAAGUGAACGAGCUCACUCACCCACACCCACACACACAAGCUGCUUGCUUUGCUUGGCUGCUGCUCUCUCCCACACAGCCCCGCCGUCCUGCCGUCCGGUGCUCCCUCGGCCGGCCCAUGGGCGUUGGCCGCGGUUCUUGCUCCAGCCACUGAAGACGCCGCCGCGGCUGCUGCUCAUGGCAGGAGCUCAAUGCGCCACAGGACCGCGCGCCACGACGACGCCGCUGCUCCUCGUCCUCUUCCUCUGCGUCGUCCUCGUGCUGCUCGCGCCAGCGGCUGGGCACGGGGACGACGACGAGACGGAGGAGUUCCCCGUCGCGUCUUCGUCUUCUUCGUGGCCCUCCGCAGGGCGCCGCGCCCUCCCGCGGCCGGCCGCGGCGAGGUCGUCGUCGUCGUCGUCGUGGCGCCCCCGGCCCCGGCCGCGCGGGAGGUGGAACUACGCGGGUCAGGGGCUCCAGGACAGCAAGCACGAGGUCCCCAGUGGGCCCAACCCGGACUCCAAUCGGUAGGCAGAGAGGCCAGCCCACAGGUGCGUAGAUCCGGCCGUGAACCCGCCGCCGCCGUUGGUGUUCGUUCCGGCGAACGGUGACUGUGCAAGUCCAAGCUCCCUCCAUGUACCCCCUGCUCUGGAGCUUUGCUCCGUCAUGGAGGCCGCUCUAGCUAGGUGCUAGGCCUAGGCGUCGUGUCGAUCGCUCCUCCAUGCUUGGAGCCAGUAGUGCUUCGUUUGCUUGUAUCUUCUUCUUCUUCUUCUUCUUCUUGAUAAGAGAAUGAAUGGAAUGGAAUGGAUGUACAAAAAUAUGAGCAUCAUCAUCAUCAUCUUCGAACUCAUGCAUUUGCAAACUUCCGUUGCUGA